UGAAAAUGGAUAUCCAGUGUAUAGACGGCGCAAAACAAACCACACUGUCAGAAGGAAUAAUGUAGAGCUCGACAAUCGGUGGGUCGUCCCAUAUAACAGAGACCUAUUGGUAAAGUUUCAGUGUCAUAUAAAUGUCGAAGUAUGCAAUCACUCAAGGAGUAUCAAAUACCUAUUUAAAUACUGCAUGAAAGGUCAUGAUAGAGCUACUAUGUUAUUGGUCAAAGCAAAAGAAAACAAAACUAUAGAUAUUGCUCAGUCCAAUGCCGUCCCUGUAAAAACAACACCAGUUGAUGAGAUUAAGCAAUAUUUGGAUGGUCGUUAUGUAUGUGCUGCAGAAGCAGUUUGGCGAAUUUAUGGAUUCAGUGUACACCAUAGGACUCCAUCUGUUGAAAGACUUCCCAUCCACUUAGAGGAUAUGCAAACUAUUACUUUCAAGGAUAAUGACUCUUUGUCAAAUGUUGCACGUCGUGCUACGUUCCGCCAUAGUAAAUUACAAGCAUGGUUUGAAGCAAACAAAACAUAUCCAUGGGCCAGAAACCUAACCUAUCAAGAGUUCCCCCUCUCAUUUGUAUGGGACGCUCAAGGUUGCCAAUGGACCCCAAGAAAACAAGGUUUUGUUGUUGGCAGGUUGCAUUCAACAUAUGUCACUUCUGGAGAUUCUUUCUACUUGAGAAUGAUUCUUACUAGAUUCAAGGGGGCAACUUCUUUUACAGAACUUCGAACUGUCAACGGCCAGGUGUAUGACACAUUUAAAGAUGCUUGCAAUGCUUUAGGACUCCUUGAAAAUGAUAUGGAGUGGCAUGAAGCAAUCAAGGAGAAUUCUCAUCAUGCUACAGCGUCACAACUGCGUCUAUUAUUUGUACAUAUAUUGGUCAACUCUGAGGUUAGUCAACCAUCAAAGUUAUGGUACAAUCAUAUCAAUGACUUUACCGAUGACAUAAUUUGGAUGCGUCGACAUGUGCUAAAAGAUAGUGAGCUAUUACUACCUGAAGAUGAAAUACAAUGGUGGGCGUUGGCAGACCUUGAAAGGAACUUCAAUUGUAUAGGGAAAUCUUUACGAAACUAUCCAGAUAUGCCAUUUCCACCUGAUCAGUAUUUGUGCGACAUUUCAAACACUCUCAUUGCGGAAGAACGAAACUAUGAUAUAACUGCCAUGACAGUGGAGCACAAAAACUUGCAUUCAAAUCUUAAUGCAGAUCAGAUGGCUAUUUACAAUGCUGUAAUUGAAUCUGUCUACAAUAAGAAGGGACAAGUAUUUUUUGUGUAUGGCAGUGGGGGGUGUGGUAAAACCUUCCUGUGGCGGACAUUCAUUGCAAGACUAAGGUCAGAAAGAAAGAUUGUGUUGCCUGUCGCAUCAUCCGGCAUUGCAGCGGUACUAUUGCCCGGUGGACGCACGGCCCAUUCAAGAUUUAGGAUACCACUAGACGUAGAUGAUCAGUCAAGUUGUGGAAUAAAAAUGGGUACAGAUAUAUCUGAGCUGUUGCAAAAUACGGAUCUCAUAAUUUGGGACGAGGCCCCGAUGGUUAAAAAAUAUGCAUUUGAAGCCAUCGAUCGCUCUUUAAGAGACAUAAUGGGCUGUGUCUCAUCGGAAAACAGAUUGAAGCCUUUUGGUGGUAUUACUGUAUUAUUUGGGGGAGACUUUAGACAAAUAUUACCUGUUGUUGAGAAAGGAGAUAGACAAGAUAUUGUUUCUGCUUGCAUUAACAGGUCAUAUAUCUGGGAUUCAAUCACGGUCUUCACACUAAAGCAGAAUAUGAGGCUACAUAGAGGUAACUCUGACGAUCUUAAUAACGUUAUUGAUUCAUUCAAUAAAUGGAUAUUAGAUGUUGGUGAUGGUAAAAAUUCCUUUGUUAGUGAAGACGACCCGAACAGAGAUCCUGAAAUUCUAAUUCCUGACCAGUUUAUCAUACCACACACCGGAAAUCCUUUAAAAUAUUGUUCAUGUUGUAUAUCCUGACAUAGAAUUAAAUUAUAAAGAACAUCAAUAUCUCAAGGACAGGGCAAUUCUUUCUCCGACCAACAAAAUAGUAGAUGAAAUUAAUAGUCAUGUCUUGGAGCGUAUACCUGGAGAGGAACAUGUCUAUUUAAGUGUUAAUACUAUUGAUGAAGGGCCAGUGAAUGAGGAUGCACAAAAUUCAACUUUUCCUGAAGAAUUUUUAAAUUCAAUCGACAUGCCAGGAUUCCCAAAGCAUGAACUCAGAUUGAAAAUCGGUGUUGUUGUCAUGUUAACGAGAAAUGCUAAUCAGGUUCUUGGAUUAUGCAACGGCACAUGAAUGAUUGUUAAAAGACUACUCAGGUGGACAGUUGAAUGCGAGAUAAUCACAGGAAGCCAUGCGGGAAGUAACCAUAUUAUCCCAAGAUUUUCCACCACACCAUGCGAGACCAACUCAAAAUGGCCAAUAAAUUUUAAGAGAAAACA